UGCGCCCAUGCGACGUGCGUCAUUAUCGUAAAUAAUAAGCAAAUUUUGGCGUCAAAACUUGACUUCAUGCAUAAAAUGACACAAAUAUUCGAACCAUUUGAUAAAAUAUAUAUUUAAUUAUGGGCAAGUCAAAGAAAAAGAAGUUUAGUGGUCAGAAACCGCGACCGACCGGUUUGCCAAGCGUGAGGGAAGCUGAGGCCGAGGUGGAACUGCAGGGAACGUCAGACACGACGCCUGCGUCGCUCCAGGCCGUCAUUGAGAAGCUACAAAGUCCAAAUGAGGACAACAGAGAGUCUGCAUGUACCAGUAUAGCCAGCUUUGUGUCCCACCCGGGCACGGCACAGGCACUUCUCAAGUUAAAUGUGGUGAAAAUCCUUGCACCCCUCGUCCUUGAUGGCAGCUGGGACAUCAGGCACAGAGCUCUUGGGGCUCUCAGGAACCUGAGUGUUGAUGGAGGGGAGGAGGUGUGUCGGGAGAUGAUUGACAAGGAUGUCCUCACACCGGUCCUGGCCCUUGUAAAACAGUUCCCAGUUGCUGGCCAGUUUACUGAGAAGUAUACGGAGAGAAUGUUCGGGAUGGUGUGUGAGGCCUACAGCCAUGCAUUCUACCUACUGCUCUACCUCUGUGAGGGGAGCAGUGUGGCGGUAUCACAAGUCAGCCGAGACAAGCUGGAGCCUGUUGUUUGUACGAUCCUGGACUCUGAGCACACAACGAUGGAGCUGAAAGUGGCUGUAGGAGAGUUUCUGCACACUGUGACGGAGGACAACAGUGACAUGCGUACCCCAGACCUGAGUUCAUGUGUUCUCCGUGUGAUGUCACAUCCUGUCGAUACAUCACUGCACUUAUUUCUCAGGGUUCUUGCUUCUGGCAUUCUCGUAAACUUGGAGGGAUCCCAGCUGACCAGUGCAAGGGCUGAUCUGGUUGUUCCCAUAGUAACCAAUGUUGCAGAGGUGCUGGCUGUUGAUGUGGCGGCCAUGUUGGUUCCAGAUGGAACAGUCCAAUCUGAGGCUGACGAAAAGCAGGAAGAGUCCACUUCAGACAAUGAGGCCGGUAACAAGCUGAAGAAGAAAGGGGAGGAUGUGGAGAAUAUAUUGAAGGCCCAGAAAACAGCCCUUGAAAUAGCCACUAAUCUCUGCUGCUCUGAUGAUGAUGAAUGGGAGGAGUUAAACAGCAGUGAGUCGAGUAAUGACGAAGCUAUGGAUGUGACUGGGGAAGACGCAGGGGCAGAGGGAAUGGAUCAGCUCUGUGUGUCAACAGAAAUACACUCAGCUUACCUGAAGUGUGAUAUAGUCUCAAAGGUGAUGAAGUUAGCUCAACCAGUUGCACAGGAGGACUCACAGCAUAUUGAUGCACUGUCAAACAACAAACAGAUUCUCAACAGAUUCAAAGUGACCCAGACUCAUGCACUUCUCUGUCUUAACAAUCUAGUCAGUAGUAUGGACCCUGAGGCCCUGGGAGGAGCAGACAGAUUGUAUACCCUGUGGCAGGGCCUUCAGCAAAUGGCCACAUCUAAGUCAUGUCUUGAGCAACAAGAAGUCCUUGAGGCAGUCACGAGUGCUCAGAGGGCCGUUAUAGGAAAACUGGCAGAUGUUGCACCAGACAGGUUCAGUACGGUGACUCCUCCAGACCUCCAGUUCAUGUACGAGAUGUGCAGCAAAUGUCAGUGGGCCGAGGUCCGGGUGAACGCACUCCGUGUUAUCUCCACCAUCGGCAUCAUCCUCUCCAAGAACACCACACCAAACCCACUACUCAAGGAUGUUGGUCUGUGUCUUCUGGAGCGUGUCUGUGGGGACGGGGACCUGUGGGUGGUUGGCGAGGCCCUGGAUGCCAUCUUUGAUGUGUUCUCAGAGGACCAUUUGGAUCCUAUUGUCCGGGAGAUUGGCCUUGUCCAGAAACUCAAGACUAUAGCACCAGGGAUCAAGUCUAAGAUUCACCAAAACAGGAAGUCACUUGGUGAGCACUACCCAUUGUUGACUAUGGCCCGCACCAACCUGGUCGGAUUCCUGAAAUACAAGGCUUCACACUGAACUACACCCCAGCAGGACAGUUCCGCUUCAAUGAAUAAAUGCACAUGAAAUAGGUUUAAGUUGAAUUGGCAGAGCACUCUUGAGCUUUGGUGCAAAAAAGGUCAACCACUUAAUUUGACCAAACAUGUCAUACACAUUUAUGUAUUUAAACCAAAAAUGUCAUACAACUUUAUUUGGCAAAAAAAUGUCAACUAUUUGGCCAAAAAUGUUAACUAACUUUAUUUGGCCAAAGAAGGUCAUACAACUUUUUUGGCAAAAAAGGUCAUAUAACUUUAUACAAAAACCUGCAAAACAUACUGUACUUGUUGUAUGUUAGUUAAAGGCAUAUUUAGUUAGCCAAUGGAAGCAAUAACUAUGCGUGUGACAUUUAUUUUCCUAAGUCCAUGUGUUCAUUUAAGAUGCUGAUUCGUUAUGCAUCACCGUUUUGCAAAAGUGCUUCUUGCCUCGAACUGCUGAACUUCUACUUGGUAUGCUGUUGCAUAGACAUUUUCUACACAGCCCCGCAGAGUGAACUGCUGGUGCAAAUUACCUCCAUUGUUGGGCUUUUGGCAAUAAGCAAUGUAGCUGGAUUCAUUUAAAUUUGUCAUAGUUCUCUUGCCCAUGUAAUUUUAAAUGCUUUUUUUUAUGAAACCUUCUUUUUAAUGUUUUAAAUGAUAAACGCCCUUGUAUUACUGUUUUAUCUGAUGGUAUGUUUCAUUUUUCAUAAAUGUACUCCUAAAUACUAGUUUUGUGAUUUGAGGAAUUUCAUUGCGUUAUUUUGUGGCAGAUUCUCUUCAGUAUGAGUCUGUGUGAUAUGCUUUAGAUUUGUUUUUAGAAGUCCAUGAAAAACAUUUCUUAAAGGAUUUUUCUUUAAAUAUUCAUCCCCACAAUAUGUUAAAAGGAUUGUUGAAUACCAGACCUUGGUUAUGUCUUGGUGUGUUUUCUUGUUGUGAAAGUGAUUGUCCAGGUUUAACAUCAGAACAUUUGCCUAAAUUUAAAUGGGCAAAUAGGAAGUGAUCUGCCUAAGUGCCUUAACAGAUAUGAAACCAAAAGACAAUGUUGAUUAUGUAGUCUAAGGCAUUUUGACACAAAAUAUAUAGGCAUUGUUGAAAGACUUUCAAAAAAAAUGUAAAUGCUUUUAUAUUAAUAAUCUGAUAAAAUGUUCUUCUGUAAAAUUUGGUCAACUCCUUAUUACCAUUACCCCAAAACGUGUCAAAAUGGAUGUAUUAUUUUCUCCCAAAAAUGUUAAUGCUUUUUUAUUCAUAAUCUGAUAAGAAGUUCUUUGGUAAAAUUUGGUCAACUCUUUAUUACCGUCACCCCAAAACAUGUUGUAAUCAUAAUAAAUGCAUGUAUUAUUUUCUCCCCCCAAAAAAUUGUUUCUAUAAUUCACAUUCUUAACAUUAGCAAGUUAAACAGAAAUAAUCGUUAUUAUUAGUUUUUAUGAGGAAAAGAAAUACUAGGUAUAUUUUCCUGUGCUUUUUGUAUAGUUUGUUUUGAUCCAAUGUACAUUUUAGAUUAGAUAUUAGAUUCAUGAAGCUGUUUGUUUACUUUAAGUUUUGUUAUCAUAAUUUGAAUAGUUUUACAUGUAUUACUUUUAUGACCUUUAGGUACAGUAGCCUUUUACUCUCAUUUAUUUUAUUAUCUGUUUCAGUUUCACAUUUUUUCCUGAUUGCCUGUUUUUAUUAAGACUGUUAAGUAUUAUAAAUUUGAUUUUUUAAGACUUACAAAAUAUUAAUAUAAGAAUUAUUAUAUUCUGGUUCCGAAGAUUUUUUUACACAGUAUUUGUUAUAACUAUUAUAAGCAACACAUUUGAGCUAUGUUACAAAAGCCAGUUUGUCAAAUAUUUACAUGUAUAUAGUGGGCACUAAUUUUCCCUACUGUUUUGCAAGGAUCCUACUUGGUAUCCAUUCAUUUGGAUGAAAAUAGUGUGAGAAAUGAUCAUGUGUUCUAAAAUGCACCAAAAAGCCAGAAUGCAGAAAAUGAAGUGUUCCAUUUAUAAAUGUACGGUGAAACAUGUUUCUUACCGGGGGUUAAGCUGGUAAGUUACAUUUAGAGUUGGGCGAGUUCAACAAACAUUUACUGAUAACCCUCCAGUUCAUGUACAUCGAAAUAGGUUAAAAGGUUCAAUUGUCCUUUAUUUUCUUCAAAGAAGCAUGUACGGGUGAGCUCUAGUGCCCCAAGUUUUUGUCCUUAUAAUCCCUGUUUUAAAAACAAAAUUUAUUUUUUAUUGCAAAAUUUUGUGAUUGGUAACUUGCCUGCCUACACCAAUCCUAGCUACACAGUUAAAUGUACUUGGACAAGGUCGUAUUUGUCCUGAUUUGUAAACUGAUUUAUGUAAUAGUAGAUUGUUAAUGGUUCAGGCAUAUGUAAGUGUAUUUUUGCAGGCACAUGCUACUAUUAAAUCAUAAGGACAUA